AUGCCGGCGCGGGUGGGCGACGACUAUGGCCCCGCAUCGACCAGUAGCUCGACCUCGUCUUCACGCACCAGCAGUCGUGGCCACCUUCGAAGGGCGCCCUCUCGCUCGUUGGACGUGUUGCCUUCAUCGACUGCCUCGUCCGACGCCGGCACGAGCACGAGCACAAACAAGAGCACGAAAACGAGCACAAGCACAAGCACAAGCACGACCGUGCGCACAAGCAGCGACGCACACACACGACACCACCACUUGCGCACAUCGUCCUCGUCCUCUUCACUCCUGUCCGCAUCGGUCAUCACAGCCAAUGGCCAUCUCGCGCGUCCCAGCCUGGCGUCGGCGCGGAGGUGCAGCAGCUCGAACGCGCGUUGGGCCACGACGGAGCGCCAGCCAUCGCUUGCAGCGUUGAUGCUGGUCGAGCAGAGGAAGUUGCAGAGGGAACAGCUCAGGAGAACAAAUAGCGCGAUCGCGUUGGGAAGGCAUAGGUCGCGAUCGGCGACAUCGUCCACAGGAAGGCGCACGAACGGCUUUCACCACAAAGCACACCAAGGCGAAGAUCAGGACGGACAAGAUCACGGCGAUGGGCACAACGACGACGAUCACGGUGAAGAGGACGCUGGAGACGAUGAUGACGCCAACGAGGAUUGGAGGGAUAUGAUGCAAUGGAGGAACGACCCACCCCAGAGCGCGAUCCUGCACCCACCCCUGUACGGUCGACCGGGACCCCAACCCUCCCCCGACCUCUUCACCACCCUUCUGCAACCGCUCCUAUCUCUUUCCCGUCCACCUUCACCCUCUCUCGCAAUGCCGCCAACUCGUUCAUCGCCUGUGAGUCUCGUGGACCACCCUACGAUGACAUCGACGAGAAAAUCGACACCCGUCUUCUCCUCACCAACGACAUUUGCCACGUCGACCUUGGCCCCUCCUUCGACCGAGAUUCCCGACCGAUCCGCCUCGUCCCUACCCGCCCAAUUUCCGCCUCGUGCUUCUACGGACCCCGGACCGACGGUCGAAUCACAAGGGUUCGUCCUCUACAUCGGUUCAGGCGUCGCUUGGAUCCUGUACCUUGUGUGGUCCUUAGUACCCGAUCGACACUUGGAAGCGAUCGGAGUCGCAUGGUAUCCAUCUCGGUCAGCCCUUUCCUUCUACUCCCUGCUUUCUUCCAACUAACCACUUCAUCCAACCCAACAAAAAAUCAGUGAAUGGGCCCUCCUCGUUCCCGCCUGGACCAUCAUGCUCGCCGCCUUCAUCUACUUCUCCUACAUCUCCAUCAACCUCUUCAUCACACCUCCCAUAAACUCCCUCGACACCCUCACCGAUCCGUUCGCCUUCAUUCUCGUCCCCGGUGAAGAAGAUCCCCAUCCAUUGAUCACGAAUUCAGUCUUGCUGCCGCCGGACGCGGUGCCCCCGAUUCAUGAUUUGCCUGUCUCGUUGGUCAAUCGAGUUGUGUUUGGCGAUUUUAGGAGAAAAGUGAUGAGGGAGGAUCGGAAAGAGGCGGACGGGGUGAGAUGA